AGGAGGCGGAGGAGCUUUUUUCUUCUUCUCAGAUACCCGAGCGUCCGGGACGUAGAGCCUGGAACUGGGGGGACGCGGCGACUGCUGGGGCCCGGGAAUCUCUAUGGAAAAAGAAACGUGAAUGUCUGCAAUGAUAUUUCCUGACAAGAAGUUGAUACAAGAGAACGAAAGAUCAGCAACUAGUGAGCAGAAUUUUUAAUAACCAGGAUUUUGUAUUUACCACCUCAAAUACAGACUUCUGUUGUCUACUUUAAAUCAGAGAUAACUACAAUCAGAACCCAGACAAGGCGAAAGGAUAUUUUUCGUCAGUCAUUUUUGAGAUCAAAGAAAUUGCAAUGUCUAGGAAACAAAGCCAGAAGGAUUCAUCAGGAUUUAUUUUUGAUUUGCAAUCCAAUACUGUACUGGCCCAGGGAGGAGCUUUUGAGAACAUGAAAGAGAAGAUAAAUGCUGUGCGUGCUAUAGUUCCCAAUAAGAGCAACAAUGAAAUCAUCCUGGUUUUGCAGCACUAUGACAAUUGUGUGGAUAAAACAGUACAGGCAUUCAUGGAAGGUAGUGCCAAUGAAGUACUCAAAGAAUGGACGGUAACAGGCAAGAAAAAGAAUAAAAAGAAGAAAAGCAAACCAAAACCUACAGCAGAAGCAAGUAACAGUAUUCCAGAUUCCAGUAAAUCGGUUUCCAUUCAAGAAGAGCAGUCUGCACCUUCUUCAGACAAAGGUGAUGUUAAUGGUCACCAUGUCAAUGGUGCCAUCAAUGACACAGAGUCCAUGGAUUCAUUCAGUGAAGGUAUGGAGACCCUUUCAAUAGAUGCCAGAGAGCUGGAGGACCCAGACUCUGCCGCGCCAGAUAUGCUGGAUAGAACAGGGUCCAUGUUGGAAAAUGGUGUCUCUGAUUAUGAGUCCAAGUCUUUGCAUUCUACUCAGAAUUCUCAACAAAAUAGGAAUACUGGCAAAUCUUUCUCAAGACCUACCACAGGAUCUCAGUUUUCAAACCUGGGCAUGGAAGAUGUUCCACUUUCCUCUACCAAUAAAAAACUAGGCUCCAAUAUUGAAAAAUCUGUGAAAGACCUCCAGCGCUGCACGGUGUCCCUUGCACGGUAUCGAGUUGUAGUUAAAGAAGAGAUGGAUGCUUCCAUUAAGAAAAUGAAACUAGCCUUUGCUGAACUGCAGAGCUGUUUAAUGGAUCGAGAAGUGGCGCUGCUUGCUGAAAUGGACAAAGUUAAAGCUGAAGCAAUGGAAAUUCUGCUCAGCCGACAAAAAAAAGCUGAAUUUCUAAAGAAGAUGACUGAUGUGGCCGUUCGGAUGUCAGAGGAGCAGUUGGUUGAGCUCAGAGCUGAUAUCAAGCACUUUGUUAGUGAACGUAAAUAUGACGAGGACCUGGGGCGAGUGGCCCGGUUCACCUGCGAUGUAGAGAGCCUGAAGAAGAACAUUGAUUCAUUUGGACACGUGUCCCAUCCAAAGAAUAGCUACUCUACCAGAUCCCGAUGUAGCUCAGUGACAUCUGUGUCCUUGAGUAGCCCGUGUGAUGCCUCUGCUGCUUCCUCUUCCACCUGUGCCUCUGCUCCCAGCCCUACAAGUGCUAACAAGAAAAAUGCAACACAAGGAGAGACACCUGCAGCUGCCGCAAACUCUAGUGGCCGGCCCCACCAGCUUCACCCAGAGGUACUGCUGGGGGACCGAAGAGGAGGCCAAGGCCACAGGCCGCAAGCCCAGAAGUCCAGCGGCCCAGCGAACCAAGGGCGGCAUGGCAGUGCGGGUCGCCACAGAAACAGCUCCUGGUGCUCAUCCGGCCCCAGGUACCAGAGUGCUGCCCCCGCCCAGGCUCCGGGGAACACUGAUGAGUGGGGCCAGGCUUGCGCCACCGGGGCCGGCGGACCUGGAGCCAGCGCAGAGCCGGGCCCCAGGGCCUCGGCCCGGAAGGGGCUCCCGCAGCGCAAGCCCAGGACCUCUCAGCCUGUGAACGCCUGAAGGGACUUCCAGUUGCCUCGCUUCUGUCCCACAUUUUGACUUGAUAACUGGACGUUGGGAAACUUAUAGUUAGAUUUAAUAACAAAAAAGUUUACUCAUAUCACUUUUUGUGCCAUUCUAAAUAUUUUUGGUUUCCUCUUUCACUUCUUCUUUAUCAUUUUUGGAAGGGAAGCUGUUUUUUUCCCUUGACCUUUCCCAAUGAUAUGGAUUGAUUCUGAUUGGUCAUUCAUUGCCACCAGGAAUCAUAGGCAACUGUUGCUAGGUUUCUCACGGGUAAGCGGCGUCCCUCCCUGUGCAGGCUCUCCGCUGCCUGAAGGAGCCUUCCUCAGCACCCCCCUGGGCGGCUGUCUCGGGGAGGCGGAGAUGGACCAGCGCUCCUUCCUGUCGCCUUUCAGUCCCAGUGGAGGAUUCCCUGUGAGCAACAGCUAACAGGGAAGGCAAGGAGGGGAUGUGUACGGCUUUAAGCAGCGUGAGAAGGGGACGUUCAAUGGGCAAAAAGCAAGGACGCUAGGAGACGUUGAGCACCUCUGUACCCAGAAUCAGGACGCACCUGAGAGUGACGCUCAGAGCAGGGUGUCAGCCUCCUGCUUGGCCACCUCGCUUACCCUGCGCCGUCUUCAGAAUGCCUGACACCUUGUUUGCUCCUAGCCUAGGCCACAAGCCAGUCUAGGGCAGUCUCUGGGAAGGUAGCAUUUCAUUAAAGUUUAAAAAAAGAAAAGUAUUUCUUUGUUUCAGUGUUUAAAGAUUUUGUUGUUGUUACUGCCUUUCCCGAAUUCCUUAUUCUGAUCCUGAACCAAAUUUCUAGCAAUAUAAUGAGUGUGAAUCGAAGGUGUUACCUAUCAAAUAAUUGCCAUCAGUCUUUACAGCUGAAUAAAUAAAAACAACUGCAUAAAUA